CAGUAGUAUCAUGCUAGUAGAAUUGUAAACUGUUUCAGUUAAGGCUGAGACAUUCAAAGAGGAUGUUGCUGACGCUGAAAUCCGGGAAGCUGAAAAGAUUCUGAACGCCUUCCUCUGUUAUGGAAAUUAUCCUCUUCUCACAAAGAUAUCAUACUGCAAUCACACAAUGAUCACAUGCGCAACGUUCUCAAAUGCGUCGACCACAAUCAAGAGUAUGUGGUUUGUUUAUUCUGGUGAAGUUUACGAAAAUUCGCUUUGGAAUUGCAGAAUUUUGAAGAAGAUUAUAAGUUAUGGGUUAAGCGUGUUUGGAGAAGAGUUUGCAACGAAGACUAGAAGGAUCCGUCAGAAAAGGCGCCCAGAACCGCAUUAUAUGUCCAAAAUUCUUAGCACUUUGCGCCAGAUUGUGCGAGAGUGGACCGUUGAAGGAAAAGCGGAGCGUGACGCUACAUAUAAGCCAAUUUUGGAUAUUGUUCGCGAGCGUUAUUCUUGCAUCAGUGAUCGAAGCACGGUGAAACUCAUGGUCCCUGGUUCUGGACUUGGUCGAUUGGCGUUCGAACUUGCAAAAGAAGGCUUCACUGUAGAGGGGAAUGAAUAUAGCAUGGUGAUGUUGAUGACAUCCUCAUUCCUCUUAAACGCCUGCUUUGAGGUAAUCCAUUGUUCUUUCUGUUGGGAGCUUCGGUUAGCUAAAGUUAUAAUUUUUGAGGUGGAAGAGCAUGUUAUAUAUCCUUACGCGUUGGACAAGAGUAACUCCUGGUCCUAUGAAGACCAGACACGACCUGUACGAUUCCCUGAUCUCGGAAAGUCGAGAACUGAGGCCCCUCCAAAUUUCUCGAUGAUCGCCGGUGACUUUUUAGAGAUAACACAAUCGAGAUCAUCGCAGUUUGAUUGUGUUGUUACGGCAUGGUUCAUCGACACAGCAAAAAAUGUAAUUGACUACAUAGAAACUAUCUACAGGAUUCUUAAACCAGGCGGAACAUGGGUUAAUGUUGGACCCUUGACAUAUCAUUAUGAGGAUAUGAUAGAGGAGAUGUCUAUAGAGUUGCCAUACGAAGAGGUUAUGCGAAUUGUACGACUUACGGGUUUUGUUGUAGAAAAAGAAGAAAGGAUUACCAGUUACUAUACAAUAAAUCGAUUAUCCAUGUUACAGAACCAGUACACAUGUGCUUUUUUCGUUGCAAACAAAAGUAUGCAUUGUUGA